UCGUAGAGUAAAGUGAGCAACAGUAGGUUGUGCACACUACUAUACACUGCGCUGCGAGGAAGACAAGCUCAUCGGUACAUAGAGUAGAGCAAUUUAUACAUGUACUCCGGCAGCCACUGCAACGCGCAAAUCGCACUUUGCGCGUGUAAAUACGCACCUACCUGGUAGCUCCACUCACCCUCCACGCAGUGCACCCACCUCACGCACGCCGUCGUGUCCACCCCCAUCAACAUCAACAUCCGCACCCUCGCACCUCCCCCCUCCCCCAAUUCUCCACGAUCAAUCACCAUGUCCAACGCCAAAAAACUCGCCUACGAAAUGCGCGAGCCAGCAUUCAUCUCGCGCAUGCGACGUGCAGCAGCAGGCGCAGGCCAGCAGGAGCGCUACAUCGCGCCGCGGAACAAGAAGCGCGUUGCUGUCGAGGGCGACGACGACGAUGCGCCCGCGUACGUGAUGGAGGACGGCAGCGCGCUUUCGAGGGAGGAGUUUGAGCGUUUAGCUGGUAGGGGAGAGGGGGAGGGGGAGGAGGAGGAUGGGGAUGGGGAAGGGGAGAAGGAGGCGGGGGAGGGAGGGGAGAAGGAGGCGGUGGUGGGCGAGGACCAUAAGACCGACAGCGAUACAGCGCCGGCGCCAGAACCAGCGCCGCCUGCGGCUGCAGCUGCGGCGACGAGUCGGGUCGCUGAGGCUGGUGCCAAGAAGAGGCGGAAGGUGGGCAAGGUUGUUGGCGCGGACGACGAGGAGGAGGAUGCUACACCGGUGGAAAAGAGUAAACCAAAAGCCAAAGGAAAGCCCAAGCGGAAGGUUAAGCUCUCGUUUGGAGAUGAUUUAUAGUUGGCCUGGCGAAUUGGCAGCCAGCCUCUGGAUCUGCUUGGUCUGUAUUCUCAGUAUCUAGCCGUGGAAGCUUGGACGGCCGGCAAUGAAGCUUAAAUAGCAGCCAAAACACAUAUAUAGCGCUGGGUAAUGAUGGAAGGAGAGCAGGAUGAUAUCGUGGAUAGCUAGUGGAUGAGCGGUUCGACCUUCGUGU